CUUAUUUGAGAUCAAGGGAGAUAGUUUUAAAAGGAUGGAAGAAGGCGUGGCCUUUGAAGGGUAUUCAUAAUUCAUAAUCCUAAGCAUAUAAUCAACCCAUUGUCUUGUACACGCCUUUAUGCCUUUUUAAGUUGCUUACCCUGAGAAGGCGUGAAAAGAAAAUGCUCUAAAUAUGCCUGUUUAUGAAAUCGUGAGUCAUCUUUCCACUUUCAAAUUUCGGUAGACCGGAAAAGACACAGGAUCCAUAGGCUUUCCUGGGCGGUGGCCACCUGGCAAAACUUCACCGUUCUCCUUCCCAUUAGAUAGUAACGUUGGUGGUGUUGUCUUGUGGCGGAGUUGUCUUGAGUCAGCUGGUCAGACUAAGUACAACGUUGGAAGCGGCAAAAACACACACAAGUUCAUAUUCACUAGCACACAGAGAAAGACAACCAGGCUUCUUGCUGGGCUUCAUCGAGAAUGGCCAGAGAAAUUGCGGGGUAUUACUAUGAUGAGGAGAAGAAAAGGUUCUUCCUACGCGUGGUCCAAUUCCUGGGUCUUCUCGAAAGCGGAAAUCAGAGUCUUCUUCUUCUGCUGACAAAUCUCAAAAACCAGCCUCAGAAUCGGACCAGGCUAGAAGGACACAGAGUUGGAUGAAAAGUAGGAGUAAGAUACUUCAGUUCAGGGAGCUGUGCGGCAACAUAAUCCCUUCCAGAAAAGGGAAAUUUAAUUUUCAAACUACAUGCCAAAAUAAACAAGCAUCACAACCUCUGAUAUGGAAGUAUGGUCAGACCCAAAAGAAGGUUGACAACGUGGUGCAACAGAUGAAUAUUGAUAUUGACACGCCAGCUGGCACAUUGGAAACUGAUAUAUUAUUGGCUGGUGGUCUAAACGGUACAUUGAGUCUUUUCCUAGUUGGAAAUGUUGAACAAGAAUUUAAUUAUGAGAUCGAAUGUUCUCCGGAGCCAGUAUGGCCUGUCAACAAGGUGCAGCAAACCGAAUGCAUAGCACCGCAUAAUUUAUGCAUGCCUGUUCACGCUUCAAUCUUUAUGGGUUCUGACAUAACUUGCAUCAAGAUGUUGCGGAUGCCUGUUGACGGGGCUUUGACAAGGAAUGUUUUAAUAACUACUAUGGGUUCUGGAGCAUCUCGUGGAGUGGCAUACAUUAUGGAUGUGACUGCACCAUUAGGAUAUUACUCAAGCACUUCAGAAUCUCUUCGUCGGCUUGCUUCUUUUGAAAGUACAAUUUGGGAUGCAGAUUGCAGCUAUAAUGGGGAUAAAGUAGCGAUUGGUAAUUUCUAA